AGCUGCCGGCUCGGCGUCGCACCGCGCCUGGCUAUAAACCCCCGCCCCCUCCCCACCGCGGCACGGCACGGGCUAGGCAGCCAGAAACCACCAGGCGUCACAGUCUCACACCCGAGAUAUUCUCCCUCGCCCGCUCGACACGUCCGCGAGGCAGAAAAAGGAAGAGAGGAGUCGAGGAUGAGCACCAUGGCCAUGGCGUCCUCGUCGCUGAACCCGAACGCGCCGCUGUUCAUCCCGGCGGCGUACCGGCAGGUGGAGGACUUCUCGCCCGAGUGGUGGGAGCUCGUCAAGACCACCGCCUGGUUCCGCGACCACUGGUUCCGCCAGCACCAGCUCUACGAAGAGGAGUACGCCGCCGCCGACGACGUCGACGUCGCUGCGCUCCUCCCCGACGACUCCCUCGACCUCCUCGACAUGGUCGACACCGACGACCUCUUCUACACACCCGACCACCACACCAAACCAGCACCCGGGUUCGACGACCUCGACGUGCUCAGGAUGCUGAGCCUCAACUCCCCGGGGGCCGUCGGCGCGCCGUCGCCGCGUGCUCAGCCGUGGCACGCUGACAAGCCGGCGCAGCACGUCGGCGCCAAGGGCGGCGCCCGCCGCGUCAUCCACCAGCCUCGCUAGAGCCCUCAUCGCGACCGACGACGAUGGCUGCUGCCGCUUCUGUCUAGUGUAACCUUCGAGUCUAGUAUCUUCCUGUGUAUACAACUAAAAAACAGAGGGGAGAAUCAAUCUAGGCGUCUAGUGCUCUCCUCGUAGCUUCCUGUGUUCAGUUCAGGUCGAUCGAGCCGUGUUAGAAAACAAAAAAAACAAAAAAAAAUUCAAGCAAAAAAACUGGAGUAACGUAGAAUCAUGUACUACUACUCUACUCCUCCCUUUGUUCAUGUUGGAUAUAAGAUGGCAAGCAGUCUAAUGUUAGAACUCAAACCAGAUGCUUCUUCCUAAA